AUGUCGUGUAAGAAUGGUACGAAAUAUAUAGAAGGCAAAUGUCUUGAAUCACAUCGUAAUAAAUUAGACAAAUUUAUAAAAGAUUGUCAAGGUGGUAUUGUGACAUUACCAGAACAUCAAUUUAAUUGUCCAUCAUGUGUUAAGUAUGACAAAUCACCUUGUCAAAUUCCUUCAUGGGUUAAACCUCCAUGUGAUGGUGUAAAAUGUUUUAAUUGUCCACCGAAAUAUCUAUGUUUUGAUACAAAUUCUUGUCAUUUUGUAAACAUUGAUGAAGAAAUUAAGCAAAAAUCGAACUGA